UGGGAGCGGAUCUAGUCUACUUGAGGGAUCCCAAUCCAAGGUUCAAAUAGGUACAAGUCGCGUGCUCGGCGACACCGGGGCUACAAGGGGGGCGUGGCCGCUGGCCCCGACGUCACAACUGAUCCUAUUUAUAGGCCAACCCUACAAUGAUCCUAACGCACCUAGGAUUCAUUCACACACUGGAGGUUUCAUUCACGCACUGGAGGUUUCAUUCAAGUUUUAGAGGGGGCGGGAGAAGGAAACGGACACGUGCAAUUUGACAGCGAACCGAUGGACAAGCAACUGAUCCCCGACACCACGAACGCAGAGCAAGUGAACCAUUUAUAUCCAUCACUGCCGAUCUCAGCAAGGCUGAACGGAGAGGAGUUGCAUGGAGUUCACAGAGGGGGUGUGGAAAACAUCACACCAGCACCAGCCAGACAAACCAACAUGUCCUCCGCUGAUAUGAGCUCAGUCCAGGCCCAGUUGGACAUGUUGUGGAAGCAGAGAGAAGAGCUUAUCUCCAUCAAUAAUAAAUGGGCGGAUCAGUACAAAGUCAUGACACAGUAUUACAAAGCAAAGGUCAGGGAGCAACAACCUUCGGCCAAAACCAGCCAGCCAACCCAUCCACUAAAUGAAGAAAUGUGCCAAAACGGAGUGGAACAAAGUGUACAAGAGAAGGACGUAAAAGAAGAGACAAGUGAAGAGAAAAUAAUGAGUCACACCGACGCAGAGCAGCUCAGGGUGCAGAACGCACACUUGACCAGAAGGGGGCAGCACCAGCACGAGGAGAUACGACGUCUUAAUCAGGCCUUACACCAAUCUCUUGAGAGCGGUUUCGUCUGGGGGGAAUCCAGAGAAGAUCCAAAAGACAAUGUUUGGAAACAUCAGGCUGAGGUCUACAAAGAAGACUUUCUGAAGGAGAGAAAAGACAGGGAAAGGCUCAAGGGCAAGCUCAUGGAGAUGGAGAAAAAGUACAGGAAGACCCACAGCGAGCUCCACACUCUGAAGUCCAAGAUCACAUGGGCUCCAGUCCUAGCUCCACCUGUCGCCAUGUGUGACUGCCCAAACCGAGCACCCCCAGGCAACAACUACAACACAUAUCCUCACACUGAGCCCCAGCAGAUCCACAACCACACACCCCGGUCUACCUCCUGACCGGCCCAGACCGCCUCGCUCUGACACCAUUAGGGCCUGAAGACCUCAACUUUAACCACUGUGACAUCUUAAUCAACCAGGGAUUACCUCGAUCACGUCUACCUUUGAAAUAAUACUGCAUGCACUUUACGGUCUACUUUCGCUCAGGUCUUACUGUUGUACUAACCGCUCAAUUGGCGUGUGUGUUUGAGUGUGUUUUUUUGAGAUAUAUAUUGAACCAAAAGUUACACAUUAUAAAGGUGAACUUUAUUCAAAACUUUCAUGGCGGUGUUAUGUUGUACUUAACUCACUUGGGUUUGCUGUACAUUCCUGAGUUCAAAGCCCAAUGUCCACAGUUUACCUCUAGGCGUUGUUGGGCAAGAUACCUUAACUCUACCUGCCCUUUAAUGAAAUGCAUCUUAAGAUACUAUAUUACUGUAAGCAGUUUUAGAUAAAUGGGUCUUCUAAAAGACUAAAUCGUUAAAAUAGUACACACCUAUACUAUUAUUAUAUUGUGUGAAAUAAGGCCAAUCAGAGCUCUUUGUUCGCUGGCUAGCAAGAGGGCAGUAUUCCGUGGGGCUUCCCUUUGAGGAAGUGGGCCUGGUUCUGUUUUAGGCUAGUCUAACCCUUUUCCCAGGAAGACUUCGGUGUGGUCGUGAAGAAGACAUUCCACCAACGUCGGGACAUUGGGCGAAAAUAAUAUUUUUAUAAAUUGCUACAUUUGUUGAUGAAGUUCCUACUAUUUAACUGCUAUUUCGUAGUUUAGCAGACAAUUUCGUCCAUAGUUAUUGGAAAAUGGGCAGUCAAAAUAAAUGAUGACAAUAAUUCA